UCACGCUCCUCAUUAGUACAAAACAAGCAAAAAUACUAAGGCGAUAAGCUUCCUAACCAUCUUCGAUUCUUCUUCUAUCUAUGCAAAUUCCAAACCCUCCGCUUCUUCCUUGCUAUUCCACAUCCUCUCCUUCUCUUACCUUUCCUCACCGUUUCUUUAACCCUACUCAGCUGCCACCUCCGCCACUUCACGCUCCUUCCUCUCUUCUCUCCCUUCGCCGCGAUGGGCUUUUCUCCUCAAAAGGGAGAGGCGUUGCCCGUUUGAGAGCGAGUGCGAGAGAAUCUCCUUACGAGGUGUUGGGCGUGCCCUCCUCAGUCACUCCGGAGGAGAUAAAAAAGGCUUACAGGAGACUCGCCCUAAAAUACCACCCGGACGUUAACAAGGAGCCAAAUGCGCAAGAGAAGUUCAUGCGGAUCAAGCAUGCGUAUAAUACCUUGUUAGGAUCAGGAACUCAUUCAAAGUUUGGUUAUUCUGCAAAUAAAUCGAAAAAUCAAAGAAGCCAGCAGGCUUCACAGGAAGAAGAGUUUUAUGGCCUAGGUGAAUUUCUGAGAGAAGUUCAAAUAACAAUAGCGGACUUCUUCAGAGAUUUGCAAGUAGAAUUUCAGAAUUGGGAAGCCGGCAUAAACUCAGAAGAGAAACCUAAAAGUUUAUGGGAGGAGUUGGCAGACAUUGGUGAGGAGUUUGUUGAGUUCUUGGAGAAGGAACUUAAUAUUUAUGAUUCUGGCACUGAAGCUGAGGAAAACCAUUUCAGUGAAAACUCAAAAAAUGAGUUCAAAGCUAAAGGAAACAAGGAAACUAGCAUUGAAGACAACAUUGAUGAAAUAGAAGCUGCUCUUGCUCAACUGAAAAAGAACUUGGGAUUAUAAAAGAUUUCUUCAGAGUUCUUGCCGACAUGUAUUCUUCACUAAUUAUUCUCGGUAAAUACUCCAUGUCAUUGCCGAACUUGUUAUUUAAGAAAGGCCAUAUGAAGGUCUAAUAUCUAUUGUAUUCUUACAUUUGUUCAGUCUAAAGUUAUUGUAUUUUCUGUAAGUUAUUAUUUGAAUCUCAAUCAAAUUAAUGCUUCGGUGUGGGA